AUGCAAGAACGUCAAGGCAGGUCAGGUGCUUGUUGGCAAGCAGGCAUGUUGGCAAGCAGACAUGUUGGCAAGCAGGCAUGUUGGCAAGCAGGCAGGUUGGCAAGCAGGCAAGUUGGCAAGCAGGCAUGUUGGCAAGCAGGCAUGUUGGCAAGCAGGCAUGUUGGCAAGCAGGCAUGUUGGCAAGCAGGCAUGUUGGCAAGCAGACAUGUUGGCAAGCAGGCAGGUUGGCAAGCAGGCAAGUUGGCAAGCAGGCAUGUUGGCAAGCAGACAUGUUGGCAAGCAGGCAUGUUGGCAAGCAGGCAUGUUGGCAAGCAGACAUGUUGGCAAGCAGGCAUGUUGGCAAGCGGGCAUGUUGGCAAGCAGGCAUGUUGGCAAGCAGGCAUGUUGGCAAGCAGGCAUGUUGGAAGCAGACAUCUGGUUGGAGUGCAGCUGGUUGGAGUGCAGCUGGUUGGAGUGCAGCUGGUUGGAGUGCUUCCUCACUCUGAGGUGACUCAACAAACCUAG